UUAUAAAUUUACCAUAUGACAAUAACGGGGGAAGCAGCUUUACUACGAUUUGCUAUAUCGAUUCUUUGCAAAAGAAUUUUUGUUAUUUUCCAUCGACUCAGAAAAAAAAUAAAGAAUCCGUUGAAAGAGAUUUUACAUAUCUUUCCCUAUAAAAAAUUUUUUCAGAAUGUCUGGGUUUCUUUGAUCAUUUAUCGGAGUUUUUUUUUAUAGAGCUUAGUAGCGAAAAAAAAAAUAUGAAUUUACUAAUAAUAUUUGAGAUUUCUCUAAGUUCUUAGGAAAUAUUCUGAGAAUUUGACCGUUAACGAAUCUCAGCUUCACUUCACUUCAAUUAUGAUUUUCUAUUG